UGAUAGGUAAGCUCUGAGAGCAUAAAGUGGGAUGAAGGGUCAUCUUUUGCUUUAUAAAUAACCAGCUCUUAGGGCUAGCUUGCUUUCAUCUUCACCAUCUUCUGCAUAGUUUCAACAUUUUAGAGUUGAAGAAAAGGAGAAAAAACUAGGCAAACUUGCGACCAUGGUUUUUCCAACCCAAGCCACGCCCGAGGAGUCCCCGCAGAGGAAAAUGGGGAGGGGAAAGAUCGAGAUCAAGCGGAUCGAGAACACGACGAAUCGGCAAGUGACUUUCUGCAAGCGGCGGAAUGGCCUCCUCAAGAAGGCAUAUGAACUCUCCGUUCUUUGCGAAGCCGAGGUCGCCCUCAUCGUCUUCUCCAGCCGCGGCCGCCUCUAUGAGUAUGCCAACGAUAGUGUCAAAGCAACCAUCGAGAGGUACAAGAAGGCUUGCUCAGAUUCCUCCAGUAGCGGAUCCGUUUCUGAAGCUAAUGUUCAGUUUUAUCAGCAAGAAUCCGCCAAGUUGCAACAACAGAUUAAUAACAUGCAGAACAAUAACAGGCAACUGGUGGGUGACUCAAUUGCUGGGAUGAAUAUGAAGGAUAUGAAGACUACGGAGCAAAAACUAGAAAAAGCAAUCGCUAAAAUUCGCGCCAAAAAGAAUGAGCUUCUAUUUGCGGAGAUUGAGUAUAUGCAAAAAAGGGAAAUUGACCUACACAACAACAAUCAAGUUCUGCGAGCGAAGAUCGCGGAGAGCGAGAGGACCCAACAUGCGGAUAUGAAUUUGAUGCCGGGAGGUACCAACUAUGACUUCAUGCAGCCAUCUUCUUCUCAGCCUUUCGAUUCCAGAAACUACUUCCAAGUGAACGUGCUGUAGCACCCAACCACUGUGAGUCUGCACAAGUCUAGUAUUGAUUGAAGGGAAUAUAACUAGUAUAUGGAGCUUCUAAGUGCUUAUUAUGAGGUUAUGAUGGACUUCAUCAGAUGUUAAUUAAGUAGAAGCAGUUGGCAGAUGCAUCUAUUAGGUGAAGGGCGUCCUCAUCCUUUUGUUGAUUAGCAUCCUUAGAUGUCUUAAAAUUUCAACCAUCUUUGUUAAGGUGUGUAUUUGGGUCCCUAUGUACUAAACUGAAUAUGAACUAUCGAACUCUAGCCGUGUUAAACUAAUAUAUAUUUGCAUGAGUCGGACUCUUUGUGCUUUUUC